GGUAACUUUACGUCGAUGUGUUUCACACAGGCAAAUAUCUACAACUGUUGAAGUGUAAACAAUAAUAUUAAAAUGCAUAUUAAGCAGAUUAUAAUACAAGGAUUUAAAAGUUACAAAGACCAAACAGUGGUCGAGCCCUUUGACAAGAGGCAUAAUGUGGUUGUUGGAAGGAACGGUUCUGGAAAAAGUAAUUUUUUUUAUGCAAUACAGUUUGUGCUGAGUGAUGAAUUUACUCACCUGCGUCCUGAACAAAGGCAGGCGCUUUUGCAUGAAGGAACAGGCGCUAGGGUCAUUUCGGCAUACGUUGAAAUAAUUUUCGAUAAUAGCGAUAAUCGAGUUCCUAUAGACAAAGAAGAAAUAUACCUUCGAAGAGUGAUUGGUUCUAAAAAAGAUCAGUACUUUUUAAACAAAAAAGUAGUUCCCAGAACAGAAGUUGUGAACUUACUCGAAUCUGCUGGAUUUUCGAACUCUAAUCCAUACUAUAUUGUCAAGCAAGGGAAAAUCAAUCAAAUGGCUACGGCAGCUGAUUCAUAUAGAUUAAAAUUACUGCGCGAAGUAGCUGGCACUCGAGUAUAUGACGAACGAAAAGAAGAGUCGCUAAAUAUUUUGCGAGAAACUGAAGGCAAACUUGAAAAAAUUUCAGAGUAUCUCAGAACAAUUGAAGAACGAUUGAAAACAUUAGAAGAAGAGAAGGAAGAGUUGAAGGAAUAUCAAAAAUGGGAUAAAGCAAGGCGAUUGCUGGAGUAUAUAAUACACGAAACUGAAUUAAAGGAAACCAAAAAGGCAUUGGAUGAUUUGAAUGAACAAAAGAAAUCAUCGGUCGAUAAGAAAAAAAUUUAUAACGUCGAAAUUCAGAAGGCUCAAGAAAACAUAAAAGAAAUUCAGAAGCGUUUGAAAGAUGCAAAAAAAGACGUUAUCUCCACGAAAGAAGAACGAUCUGUGUUGUUGACAGAACAGCAACAACUGCUACGUGAAAAAACAAAGCUUGAUCUUAUUAUAAUCGAUCUUAAUGAUGAAGUUCAAGGGGACAAUAAAUCAAAAGAAAGAGCCGAUCUAGAGUUAAAAAAAUUAAAAAUAACUAUAGCAGAAAAAGAGCGAGAGUUGGAUGAUGUUAAACCAAAAUACGAAGCUAUGAAGCGUAAAGAAGAAGAAUGUUCGCGAGAGUUAUCCCUUAAGGAGCAAAAAAGAAAUGAGUUAUAUGCCAAGCAAGGGCGGGGGUCCCAGUUUUCCUCAAGAGAAGAAAGAGAUAAAUGGAUUUUAAAUGAAUUAAAAUCUCUAAGUAAGCAAAUAAGAGAUAAAAUUAAUCACAACUCGAAAUUGAUGGAAGAUUUAAAAAAAGAUAGCAAUGCUGAAGCAGAUCUAAACAAAAAAAUUGAAGAGCAUUCUAACGAACUUGAACAACUGCGACUUCAAAUAGAUGAUCACAACAAAAAAUACUAUGAAUUGAAAAAAACAAAAGAUCAUUAUCAAGCAAUGAGGAAUGAAUUAUGGAGAAAAGAAACACAAAUGACGCAACAACUGCAAACACACAAGGAAGAAUUAUCUAAAACUGACCAAGCACUCAGAAGUAUGGCAGGUAAACCAAUAUUAAACGGUCGAGAUUCUGUUCGCAAAGUAUUGGAUAAUUUUUUUGAGCGUGGCUCUCCUUUUGAUGACAUUGCCAAAUCUUAUUAUGGACCAGUUAUUGAAAAUUUCAGUUGUGAUAAGACAAUAUAUACAGCUGUUGAAGUGACCGCUGGCAAUAGAUUAUUUCAUCAUAUUGUUGAGUCAGACAAAGUUGGAACUCAAAUUUUAAAAGAAAUGAACAAACUUAAGCUACCUGGAGAAGUUACAUUUAUGCCUCUAAAUCGACUGCAAGUAAAAAUACAUGAUUAUCCGGAUGAUCCAGAUUCCAUUCCCAUGCUCUCAAAGCUUAAAUACGACGAACAGCAUGACAAAGCUUUGAGAUAUAUAUUUGGAAAAACUUUAAUAUGCCGAAAUUUAGAAAGAGCAACGGAAUUAGCUAAAAGCACUGGAUUAGAUUGUGUUACUUUGGAUGGCGAUCAGGUAUCCUCCAAAGGAUCUCUAACAGGUGGCUAUUUUAAUACAUCUCGAUCACGCCUUGAAAUACAGAAAAAACGGUCCGAAUAUACACAACAAAUACGAGACUUUGAAAAAGAGUUAAGUAAACUAAGAAAUGAAAUCAAACAAACAGAAAAUAAUAUAAAUUCAGUCGUUUCGGAAAUGCAGAAAACAGAAACAAAACAAGGAAAAACUAAAGAUAUUUUUGAAAAACUCCAAGGUGAAAUUCGUUUGAUGAAAGAAGAAUUACUAAGGAUUGAAAAAUAUAGAUCAACCAGGGAAAGAUCUGCUACUCAAUGUAAAGCUAGCUUAGAAGCAAUGAAUAGCACAAAAGCUGGGUUGGAAGCUGAGCUUAAGCAAGAACUCUUAUCCAGUUUGUCGGUACAAGAUCAACGAGAAAUAGAUCAACUUAAUGAUGACAUCAGGAAAUUAAAUCAGGAGAAUAAAGAAGCUUUCACACAAAGAAUGCAAUUAGAAGUUGUAAAAAAUAAGCUAGACAACCUAUUAACCAACAAUCUAUUUCGAAGACGAGAUGAAUUAAUUACAGCACUACAAGAAAUAUCUGUUGAGGAUCGAAAACGAAAGCUCUUGAAUUGUAAAAAUGAUUUAAUAUCUGCAGAAAAAAGGAUUAAGAAAGUCAAUGUUGAUCUGGAGGAUAUUGAAAAGAGAGUUCAACAAGCAGUUCAUCUACAAAAAACGCUACAACUUGAGCUAGAAAAUUGUAUGCGGAAAGAAAAAGAAGCAGAGGAAAAAAUAAAUGAGGAUGCAAAGAAAAUGGAGAAAUGGACGUCGAAAGAAAUUUUGCUUAAUCAAAAACUUGACGAAUGUGCAGAAAAAAUUGCAAGUUUAGGUGCUUUACCUCAAGUUGAUGGUGUUUAUAGUAAAAUGUCAUUAAAAUCUCUGUUUAAAGAACUAGAAAAAGCAAAUCAGCAUCUUAAGAAAUAUAACCACGUGAACAAAAAAGCUUUAGAUCAAUUUCUAAGUUUUUCAGAGCAAAAAGAAAAAUUAUAUAAACGAAAGGAUGAAUUGGAUAUAGGAGAUCAAAAGAUUCGUGAACUAAUGCAGACGCUUGAAAUGCAAAAAGUUGAAGCCAUUCAGUUUACCUUUAAGCAAGUUGCCCAAAAUUUUACUAAAGUAUUUAAGAAAUUGGUGCCACAAGGGGCAGGUUACUUGAUACUAAAAACUAAGGACAGUGACGAUGAAAGAGAUGAUAAAGAAGUAGCGAAUUCUGAUGCCUUUACUGGAAUUGGUAUUCGAGUCUCCUUCACAGGAGUGGACGCUGAAAUGCGAGAAAUGAAUCAAUUAUCUGGUGGUCAGAAAUCAUUGGUUGCACUGGCAUUGAUAUUUGCAAUUCAAAAAUGUGAUCCAGCGCCUUUUUAUUUAUUUGAUGAAAUUGAUCAGGCACUUGAUGCUCAACAUAGAAAAGCCGUGGCGGAUAUGAUACAUGAAUUAAGUGAUCAGGCUCAAUUUAUAACUACUACAUUUAGACCUGAGCUACUUGAAAAUGCCCAUAAGUUUUAUGGAGUUCGAUUUAGAAACAAGGUCAGCCAUAUAGAUUGCGUUACCAAGGAACAAGCAAAAGAUUUUGUCGAGGAUGAUAACACCCAUGCAUAGAUUUUGUGAAUUACUCGUUUUAUCAAUAAAAUACUACCAUUUAAGUAUAAUUGAAAGCUAGCAUGUA